AUGAUUCUUACAUACUCGCUGUCUCUUAACAUCAGGAAUCAAGUUACAGACAACAUUAAAUACCCAUACAGACAAGUCCUUCCAUGCUAUGAGUGCUACAUUCAAAAUGUAGCAUUUACCCAUCAACUCAUCGCUAUUCUCACUAAAAUGGUAUGUAUUCAAUGGCUGCAUAUUGUUCUUAUUUUAUCUGGAGAUAUUCAUCCGAAUCCUGGUCCAUCAUCAACAAAUUCCUCAACUGAAUCAUUGUCCACUACCUCAUCUAUGUCCCUGGACCUUGCAAGUCUAAUGUCGUCAGGUUCCUGUUUAUCUGUUCUACAAUAUAAUGUUCAAAGUCUGCUAAGCAAAAUAGAAAUUCUUACCACUGAAUUUAGUAUGUUCGAUGUUCUUGCCUUUUCAGAAACUUGGCUUAAUCCCAGUGUCUCCAAUUCGGACAUAUAUAUACCAUGUUUCCAUGCUCCAGAAAGAAAUGACAGGGUUGAUGACAGUCAUGGCGGAGUUUCUUUAUACAUUAAGAAUUCACUAUUUUACAAACGGCGAAUGGAUCUCGAACCUAGAAAUGUAGAAUGUGUAUGGGUAGAGAUUAUUCUAUCUCAAUCCAAACGUAUCUUGGUAGGUAUUUUUUAUCGGCCACCAAACGCAGAUUCACAUUACACGACUCUUAUUGAACACUCUCUAAACUUGGCAGAAGAAACAAAUAUACCAGAUAUCAUUGUAACUGGAGAUUUUAACUUUAAUCCAUCUACCCUUGAUGAAGGUCUUGAGAUUCGGAUUGUCUUUUUCGACAUCAGCAAGGCCUUCGAUAAAGUAUGGCACAAGGGUCUCCUGGUGAAAUUAAAAAGAGCCGGUAUUCAAGGACCCCUUCUCGGCUGGUUUUCGGACUAUCUGUCAAAUAGACGCCAAUCUGUUGUCCUUCCUGGCGCCAAAUCUGAUUGGUCAGUCAUCAACGCAGGAGUACCUCAAGGCUCGAUUCUGGGUCCGCUUCUUUUCUUAGUCUAUAUAAAUGACAUUGUUGUUGACUUAAGGUCCUUUGUAAAUCUUUUUGCCGACGAUACCAGUCUGUAUUUGAUCGUUGACCAUCCUGUUACUGCGGCUGAUAUUCUUCAAUCUGAUAUUAAUAAGAUUUCCUCAUGGGCUGACAAAUGGCUAGUAAAGUUUAAUCCUUCCAAAUCUGAAACCAUGCUAAUCACACGUAAAACAUCUAAACUAUUCCAUCCACCUCUGUCAAUGCAAAACCAGACAAUAUCUUCAGUGACAUCUCACAAACACCUAGGGUUACACUUUUCAGACGAUGGUUCAUGGCAUAUUCAUAUUAAUCAUGUAAAAGAGAGGGCUUGGAAACGUAUACAUAUCAUGCGCAAAUUUAAAUUCCAACUUGAUCGUAAAUCUUUAGAAAUAAUCUACUUGUCUUAUAUCAGGCCAAUUCUAGAAUACGCCGAUGUUGUUUACACCAAUUGUACUCAAUAUGAAAAAGAUGAACUCGAUAAAAUCCAGCAUGAAGCUUCAAGAAUUGUCUCUGGUGUUACCAAACUUGUGUCCAUUCAUCAGCUCCAUCGAGAGGUCUCUUGGGAAUCUUUAGACAGUAGAAGAAAGAAACAUAAAUUAAUUCUUGUUUAUAAAAUGAAAAAUGGACUAUCUCCUGACUACCUAUCAAGUCUUGUCCCUCCCUCUAAAGAUGAGAGCGAUAGUUCUUCAAACGGACGUGAGAGGAAACGUAAUACAUGUAUAUUGGAGUCGAAAGAUAUAGAGUAUGCUAUCAUCAAUGGUAAAUGUACAAACCAGAAGGAACGUUUGGCAGAAUGA